AUGUCAGACUCAGAGUCAUCCGCGAUAUCCAAUAAUGCUUCUCAUCACUCCCCGGGACAGGAGAACUCAAUGCCUCAGCUAGAGACACUCAUUUCGCAUUUGGUUGCGGCGAAACGGUCCCUGUCGUCCAUCAAUCACGUCUGGCGUGCUAAUGAGAUCGUCACGGCCGCUCGCUCUGCAUUGGAAGAGAGCGUUGUAGUCUCGGCGCGUACGGGUUUCCUCCGCCGGGGGCUGAAUAAUCAGCUGCGCCUUCUGUAUAGUGUCCGUGCCGAGGUCCAGGAGGUCUCUUUGCGCGGCCGGUCAGAGUUCGCUACCGUGCUAAAGAGCCUUGAUGCGGCAGAUGCAAGACUGAGAAAGACGUUGGAUUUGUUGCGAGAAACCAUUGUCCACGCGUCAUUCCGCCCAGACGGUGAAGAAUCCAAAAGCUUACAUGACUUUGUCGAUGAGCGUGGGGUGGACGAGCUACAUACAACCCUCAAAGGCUCAAUCGAUCGGACCAACGCGGCUCAGACGGACCUAGAGUCGUCUAAUCGCGCUUUUGACGAUGAGUUACAGUCUAUCAAAGAAGCACUCGGCAAUUACCGGGCAGCGACGCAGCUCGCGUCAUCCCGAACGUCCGCCUCUUCGUCAUCGCCAUCGACCUCCAACGCUAGCUUGCCGUCUCUUUCGUCAAUUCCAUCCAUGUUGCAUUCCCUCGAGAUGCAUGCCCAAGAAAUGGCUAACCUGCUUGAGUCCUUAGUGCGCCACUUUGACCUCUGUGUCACUGCGGUCAAGCACACGGAAGGUGGCGGAGCAGCUGCCCGAUCCAUUACGGGUGACGUGCCCGCUACGGUGCAUGUCAACGGGCGUGUUGGUCCCAAUAUCGAGGAAGGCAUCAAUGCCAACUUGAAUGCCCCACUGGACCCGCUAAGUGACUCGGAAUAUCAAGAAAUGGUAGGCGUGCUAAUCAAGGAUGCGGCCGAAGCGGAGGAUGUGGUUAUGGAGAUUCAAGACCGCAUCGGCGAGAUGGAGACGGUGUUGGAAAAUGUGUUAGCCCAACGGGAUAGUGUCCUGUCGGUAUACAACGCGACGACCAGUGUCUUCAAACACCUGUCAACACUCGCCUCGACCCAAUUAUCGGGAUAUAUAGCCCAGGCGCACAGUUUUACUCGUGCCUGGCACGAAGAGUACGAGAAAAUACAGAAUGGCUUGGCCGAGCUGUCGGACCUCAACACACUGUAUGACGGCUUCCUGGAAGCGUACGACGGGCUUAUCCUCGAAGUUGCGCGCCGACGGCAGGUGCGGCACCGGGUGGAGAAAGUCCUCCGCGACGCGAAACAGAAGCUCGACCAGUUGUAUGAGGAAGACGUGAACGCCCGCGAGUCAUUCCGCGUAGAGCAAGGGGACUACCUCCCGUCGGAUAUCUGGCCCGGGAUUGGCCGAGAGCCAAUGCGGAUUGAGUUCCGUCGUAUAUCCGGAGGUAAUCUAAAAGGCAUAGCUGCGGAGCCACCAGACCAAGAAGCCCCGGCAGUGGACCCCAAAGAAGAUACCCGGGCAGUUUCCCCGGGAGAUGGCGGCGAAGAUGCUGAGGUCAUUCCGGAACUCCCAAAGGCCCUUGUUGAGGAAGCUAUCGCUCGAUUCAAUGCCCGAAUGCGACAUCUUCCCUGA